CCUUCACGCAGCAAGCAUUUCAUUUCCUAUUCCUGCAAAAUACGCGUUGUUCAGGAGUUCGCACUCCCACUCACACUAUAGAGUAGAGUGUAGAAACCCCAUAAACCCUAGCUUUAUUCUCAUCGCGGAAAACGCAUUGAUUGGAAUGGGUCAUGUCGGUUCCAGCAAGGAUGGCACAAAAGCAGGGAUGACCACCGCGAUGAUGGAUAUGGACGGUGACAGCGGCGACGAUGACCUCGGUGACCUCGACCCGACCAACGCCGAAAUCCUUGAAGAAUUCGGCGGAGAGGACGCAUUCCGGUACCACUGCAAGAAGUUCUCGAUGCUGUUUUUCGAGGAGUACGGUCUGAUCAGCCACCAAAUAAACUCCUACAACCACUACGUCAACGUCGGCCUCCAGAGAACUUUCGACGGCUUCGGUGACUUGGUCGUAACGCCCGGCUUCGACCCUUCCAAGAAGGGAGAUAACGAGCACUACCGCUACGCCUCCAUCAAGUUCGGCAAGGUCAAGCUCGACAAGCCCAUGGUCUGGGGCGGUGAGUUAAACAACCAGGAGUUGAAGAUGCUUCCGCGACACGCGCGGCUUCAGAGGAUGACCUACGCAUCCAAAAUGAAGAUCGUAGUUAAAGUUCAGGUGUAUGUUCCGAAGAAGAUUCGGAGUGAUAAGUUUAAGACUGGGAAGGAAGAGUUCCUUGAUAAGGAGAUUUUGACGGAAGACGAGAGGGAGAUCAUCAUUGGCAAAUUGCCUGUAAUGGUUAAUUCAGAUUUAUGUUGGAUGAAAGGGGAAAAGGAUGAUUGUGAAUUUGACCAUGGAGGUUAUUUUCUCAUCAAGGGUGCCGAGAAGACUUUUAUUGCACAGGAGCAACUGUAUCUAAAGAGGCUUUGGGUUAUAAACAGUCCAGGUUGGAUGAUUGCCUACAAGUCACAGAUGAAGAGAAAUAGGAUGGUUAUUAAACUGGUUGGAAAUUCUAGGAAUGAAGGAGGGGAGAAUGGAGACAUGUUUCUUAGUGUGUAUUUUCUAUCUGUUGAGGUUCCUGUGUGGGUACUGUUCUUUGCACUUGGUGUCGGAUCUGAUAAAGAUAUUGUAGAUCUCAUUGGUUGUGACAAUGAUGAUGUUAGAAUUCAGAAUAUUCUCCUUGCUUCUGUUUCUGACGCUGAUGAGAAAUGUGGCGCAUUUCGGAGGGGUAGGAAUGCAGUUCAAUAUUUGGAGAAGUGUAUAAAGGGUGUCCAAUUUCCACCUCCUGAGUCUAUUGAGGAGUGCCUUGAAAUUUAUGCCUUUCCUGGAAUCAGCGGCUUAAACAGAAAAGCACGUUUCCUUGCAUAUAUGGUGAAGGGUCUCUUGCUGGCUUAUACUGGCCGCAGAAAAUGCGAUAACCGGGAUGAUUUCCGUAAUAAGAGGCUUGAAUUGGCCAAUGAGCUUCUUGAGCGUGAGUUGAAAGUGCAUAUAGCACAUGUUCGGAAGAGAAUGUCCAAGGCACUGCAAAGGGAUCUCUAUGGAGAUAGAGAUGUACGCCCCAUUGAGCAUUAUGUUGAUGCGUCAAUAAUUACAAAUGGUUUGCAAAGGGCAUUUUCAACCGGAGCAUGGUCACAUCCGUACAAGAGGAUGGAAAGGAUCUCUGGUGUGGUUGCAACUGUUGGGCGCACUAAUCCCUUACAAACCAUGGCUGAGCUAAGAAGAGCAAGGCAGCAAGUUCAGUACACGGGAAAAGUUGGGGAUGCUAGAUAUCCGCAUCCUUCUCACUGGGGCAAGGUUUGUUUUCUCUCUACCCCAGAUGGUGAAAAUUGUGGACUAGUAAAAAAUAUGGCUGUCACGGGACUAGUAAGCACUGAUGUAUCUAAUGCAUCUGAAUCUAUACUGCCUACAUUGUUGGAUUGUGGGAUGGAAGAACUUGUCAAUGAUACUAAAACUCAUCUGGGAAACAAGGACAAAGUCUUCCUAAACGGUGAUUGGGUUGGAGUGUGCCCUGAUUCCAGUUGGUUUGUGGCUGAGCUACGAAGUAAAAGACGAAAAAAUGAACUGCCCCAUCAGGUGGAAAUUAAGAGAGAUCAAUCUCAACAUGAAGUGCGUAUAUACUCUGAUGCAGGAAGGAUUCUACGUCCUCUUUUAGUAGUUGGUAAUCUACUAAAAAUUAAAAGAUUUAAAUCAGAACGUUAUUCUUUCCUUACUUUACUGGAAGAAGGUGUUGUUGAGCUAAUUGGACCCGAAGAAGAGGAAGACUGCUGUACUGCCUGGGGCGUUCAGUAUUUAUUUGGAAAAGAGGGGAAAAGAUCUGUCAAGUACACGCACUGUGAACUUGAUAUGUCAUUCUUAUUGGGUUUAAGUUGUUCACUUGUCCCAUUUGCCAAUCAUGACCAUGCAAGGAGGGUGCUUUACCAAUCUCAGAAGCACUCCUCACAGGCUAUUGGCUUUUCUACUUUAAACCCGAAUAUUAGAGUUGAUACUUUGUCUCAUCGGUUACACUAUCCCCAAAGGCCCCUUUUUCAAACAAUGACUUCAGAUUGUCUUGGAAAACCAGCUUAUCCACUGGGUCAAAGUAAAAUACAUCCAAAGGCGGAAUUCUAUAAUGGGCAGAACGCAAUUGUGGCUGUCAAUGUACAUCUAGGAUACAAUCAAGAAGAUUCCUUGGUGAUGAAUCUGGCUUCAUUGCAGCGUGGUAUGUUCAGAUCUGAGCACAUAAGGAGUUACAAAUCUGAAAUUGAUAAUAAGGAUUCUUCAGAGAAGAAGCGCAAACCUGAAGGCAAUAUAAAUUUUGGAAAGCUUCAAAGUAAAAUUGGUCGAGUUGAUAGCCUUGAUGAUGAUGGCUUUCCAUAUGUUGGGGCAAAUUUGCAAAGUGGUGAUAUUAUUAUUGGGCGGUGUGCUGAGUCUGGUGCAGACCAUAGUGUGAAGUUAAAGCACACUGAAAGAGGUUAUGUACAAAAGGUUGUGCUGUCUUCAAAUGACGAGGGAAAA